AUGGCUGCAAACACGAAGAAGCGGACGUCCCUGACAUUUGCUGCGAAAUUGGAAGUGAUACAGCGCGUUGAAAAUGGAGAAAAGAAGUCGAGCAUCGCCGAAGCUUUCAACAUCCCAAGGAGUACUUUGAGCACGCUGCUGAAAAACAAGAGUGACAUAAAGGCCAAGGCAGAACAGAACCAGCACACAGGUGCGUGGUGGGUGCGCAAAGCUGCCUUUGAAGACGUCGAGAAGGCGCUGUACAAAUGGUUUAUCGACGUAAGGGCCCAGAAUACUCUUUUAUCGGGACCAAUGCUACAGCAGAAGGCCAAGAACUUUGUCUUCAUUCUCGGUGCCAAGAACUUUACCGCCAGCAGCCGUUGGCUGCAAUGUUUUAAGGCCCGCUUUAACAUUGUUGGGAAGACAGUCGCGGGGGAAAGUGAGGACGCCAAUGAAGACGAGAUCAAGAAGUGGCUUGAACAAGAGUGGCCUCAGAUUCUUGCCAAGCAUGAGCCCAAUCAGAUAUUUAAUGCUGACGAAACGGGCCUGUUCUGGCAAGUGCUUCCACUACAAACGCUGAGGCUGUAG